UUGACGCGUCAGAGCGAAGUCAAGCUGUAUUUUCGCUUUCAAAUUUUAUUAAGAUACAGUCUACAUUCUUAUAUUUGAUUUAAUCAUUAUGGCACUUUUCGACGUAAGUGGUUAUAAGUCCCACGCGGGACUUCGUGGGCAGAUUCUUGGAACAGGAGUAGGGCAUCUUGUUGACCGACCGAAUCAGGAAUUUGCUGUCCCGGUUGGAGUGGAUCCUUCAGGGUUCCUGAAGUCAUGCAGCCGUGAAGGUGGCGUGUCCAUAGAUCUGAACCAUGGUACUACUACACUGGCUUUCACAUUUCGCCAUGGUGUCAUUGUGGCUGUGGACUCCAGGGCCUCAGCCGGCAGCUACAUUGCGUCGAAGGAGGCUAACAAGGUGAUAGAGAUCAAUCCUUACCUGCUGGGGACCAUGUCUGGUAGUGCUGCUGACUGCCAGUACUGGGAGAGACUGCUGGCUAAGGAGUGCAGGCUGUACAAACUGAGGAACAAGCAGAGGAUCUCAGUGUCUGCAGCCUCUAAGCUGCUGUGUAACAUGAUGCUGGGAUACAGAGGCAUGGGCCUCUCCAUGGGCAGCAUGAUCAUUGGCUGGGACAACAAGGGCCCUGGUUUGUACUACGUGGAUGAUAACGCCACACGUCUCUCUGGUCGUAUGUUCUCUACUGGUUGUGGUAGCAGCUAUGCGUACGGAGUGGUGGACAGCGGCUACCGUGAGGACAUGACGGUAGAGGAGGCGUACGAGCUGGGCCGCCGCGGCAUCACCCACGCCACACACAGAGACGCCUACUCUGGAGGAGUGGUCAACCUGUACCACAUGCAGGAGGACGGCUGGAUAAAGGUGUGUAAGGAGGACGUGUCAGAGCUGAUCCACCGCUACAGGAAGGGCAUGUUCUGAUCAUAGAUCCGUUUCUACAGACACACUGUGUUCUCUAUCAACUGAUCCCAGCACUGCUUCAAAUAAAGACAGUUUUCAAACUGCAUCCUCUGGAUUGUUUAACCUGAAGGUCUUACAUGCCGUCACAACUUGCUGCAACUGUUACCAGUCCUAUUAAAAUUAUUAUUUACCAGUGCCAGUCAUUGGAAAAGGUUUGUAGGAUUGUUUAAUACAAUACUAAUACUACAAACCUUGAUUUUUAUUUUCUUUGUAAAGUCUGUUGAGACUUGUGAAAUACACUUGACAAUUUUGUAACCUGAAGAGUUUUAGUCAAAUGUUUUAGCCUACUAAACGGUCAAAUAACAUAACCUCAUAACCAACAGUUGGAGGAGGAAGUAAAAUUCAGAGUCCGUAUAGUUUUGCCUAGCGUAUCUGCCUCCAACAAACUGUUUCCUGAAACACAAAUACAUGUCCCAAACCAGUCGGAUGUGUUUGCCCAGGUAUCUUUUGGUUGUCACCAUUCUGUACAUUUCCACCUUAGUAUAGGAGUUAAUUGUACAAAUGAAAUUCUACAACCAAAAUGUUUGUGAUAUCAGAGGAAGUUUUAAAUUAAUGGAAUGAAUUUGCCAUAAAACCUGAAGAAGCCUA